UGCAAGAGAUGCACCAAGCAUCUUUGCGAAGCGAUCAGGCCUGGCCUCCGUGGCAUCUUCAAGUCAAAGAAAGAUGGCAAGUGCUCUAAGAGAAAUAAGUCAACUGCAGUCAGGCAGAUGUGUAUGUAGAGGGGAUACUGGAGAUGGAAGCCUCCCUCGCGCCCUUCACGAGUCUCCACAGGAUGGGAGGACGCUCGCGCAGCGUGCGAUCGCGAUCCCUCGAAUCGGGAACGCGCAUUGGCAAGCGAGGGUCCCUCUGGUCCAGGCCAGCUGCCACCGCGCCGCGCGGGAUAGUCCCAAGGCAGCUGCGAACUCGCCCUGCACGUGGCGGGGGUCUGGCCAGUGCAAGUGCCAAUCCGCAAGCAGCCCCCCGCUGCUCUCCUCCCGCCCCGCCUCCUUGCCACCCUCUCCAGCGUCUCUUGGCGGGGAAAAUCUAGUUCGAGACUGGAGCGCUGUGACCGAGACAGAGCUUAAGGCAAGCCCCAGUGCGCCCAUCCCGGACCCCGCGCGGCCAGCCUCCGGUCCGUGGGAGGCGGGCAUGUUGGCAUGGCAGGAUGGCGGGGCCAAGGCGGCCCCUUCUCACCACAAGAUCUCUUUCUCUGUCCUGGACAUCUUGGAUCCACAAAAAUUCACGCGAGCUGCGCUCCCGCCGGUGCGUCUAGCUGCUCUGGAAGCCAAGAAAAGUUUAGCGGAGGUGGAAGCAGGGGAGGACGGCAGCCCCGAGUCUACGAUCGGGUCUCAGGAGCCCCCUGAUGCCGAGGGCCGAGGCACUGGCUUCGCGUCCCCCCUGGAAGGCUCGGAAGCGGAAGAGGAGGAGGAAGCAGAGGAUGCGGGGCGCGCGCAGCGGCCGGAGCGCUGGCACCGGGUUCACGAGGGCUCUCCAGAGGCCCUGGUGGUGGCCGCGGGAGCGGGGGAGAGCGGUGUGGACCGGCUCCCAGCGUCCCCCGGCUCCCCCGGCUCUCCGCGGCCGCGGCGCCGGCGAUCCGAGCCUAGCUGUGCCAAGCCACGGCGAGCGCGCACCGCCUUCACCUACGAGCAGCUGGUGGCCCUGGAGAACAAGUUCCGAGCCACGCGCUACCUGUCCGUGUGCGAACGCCUGAACUUGGCGCUGUCGCUCAGCCUCACCGAGACGCAGGUCAAAAUCUGGUUCCAGAACCGCAGGACCAAGUGGAAGAAGCAGAACCCGGGGGCCGACGGCACGGUGCAGGCAGGAUGUAGUACGCCGCAGCCUGGGACACCCGGCGCCGUGGCGGGGGCCUGUGGCAGUGGCACGGGGAGCAGUCCUGGCCCACCGGUUCCGGGCGCUCUGCCCUUCCAGACUUUCCCCACCUAUCCCGCGACCAACGUCCUCUUUCCCUCCUCCUCCUUCCCGCUGACGACAGCCGCCACAGGGAGUCCCUUCUCUCCUUUUCUUGGGCCCUCCUACCUGACCCCUUUCUAUGUCCCACACCUAUAAACCCGGUACUCCAGCCGAGUUGGGAUUCGCGAGUGACCAGUAUGGUGGUGUGGACCUCUGCUUCACAGAGGGGCACUGACCGCCCCCUCCUGGUGUACUGGUGUCUGUGUGCCCCUUCUCUCCAGCUGCUGGUGAAGCCACCAGAGGGCGAGGAGAAGCCACCUGCUGGACUCCAUACAGGCCACUAAGGGGUCCAGAAAGUAUUCAGACCAAGCUGACUCAAUCUUCCAGCUUCUGGACGUCGCUCUUCACUUUCAUUCACUUCCAGGGCUCUGUUUUUUUUAAGGGCCUUGGUAUUCAAUACCAGGCUAAUAAGGGUUCCCAGGAUAGAGACCAGAGGAAGCCAAGAUGCCCUGGGCACCAGCUGCUAGUGCCAAAGACUGAAUAUUUAAAGGUUCCGGUACAUCCCGAGAGGAAGAACUUUCCUUCCUGGUGGUGGAAUUGUCUCAACACAGUACUUCCUCUCAAAUCCUGAACAGAGCUGGGGCAAGUUGGACCCAAAGCAGAUGCAGCUAUCAAAUGGACUGUUUUCAAGAUGCGUAACAGCAUUUCUGGAUCUCCUUAUGAGAUUCAGACUUGAGCCAGUUACUGAUGCUAACAGACUACCUUAUUUUCUGUGUGCAGACGCCACGCCACGUGUAUGUACCAGGAAGUUGUUCUGCUUUGUGCCUAGACUGACCUGGAAGAGACACAACUUUGUUGCCUCACAGGUUUUGAGAGCAGCUUGGAUAGAUGACAGCAGCGCCCUAAAUGCAUCAAAAGGACAGUAAAGGGAGUGAUGACCCAAAGGCCAUGCUGAAGUCAGUGUGUGAGCUGUUGUGAUAUGCUCCUUUGUCCGGCCUACACCUUCAUGGACUUCCGAACUGACAAGUUGGAGCAGAGCAAGCUCCACCCACAGGCAUUGCAGUCAGGCAUUUGGAAGCACAACUGUAAAAUUUAGAAUACCUGAGACGCUGACUUGAAAACAAUUCUUGUUUUAAAUAGUUUUCUCCCCCUCCUCAUGAUGGUGAACAAGCAAAAGCUGUAAGGGACUGGGAAAGAAAUACUUCCCAAGUGUAAAGCUCGAUGAAGGCCAAAACCUUGUUGGAAUAGGCUCAAGGAUACAUAUGUUUUAAUUGCUGCUUUCUUUGUGUUGUGUGAUAUUUUGUUUGUGCUCUGACAAAUAAAGCUUGCUUGGAGUCAGAGGUGGAGCUAGCCACUAGUUAACCAUAGAGGUUUGGAGGACUGCAGAGAGAGGGACAGGAAGUGGUAAGGUGGGGCUGAAACAGGAUCUCAGCCCCUUUGGUCAGAGGAACAGAGGAGGUAGGAAGUCACUGGUGGCUGCUCCCCUAAUUCUCUGAUCUUUCAAGUUUUUACCCCAAUAUCUGACUCCUGGUUUUUAUUGAUAAGAUUAAUUAGAAUUAUGCAUCAUCUGUCAUCCAACAUUUGGGGCACUAAUUCACGAAACAGCUGCUUGCCCAUCAGCACCCACCUAGAUGGCUGGCUCUCCCUUACUUCCCCAAGCCCUCUGAGCAAGUCUGGGGUUUUCCUGUUGCAGCCUCUCUACAGCAAUUUCCACAAGCCCCAAACUCCACAGUUGCCUGGGCUCUGAACUCCACUGGGCAUCUCUGCCUUCAGGCAGCUCUGGACUUUCACCUCCCACAGGUCACAUAUGCUACUUUUGAGCAUUCCUAUGCCUACCUUUCAGGUGGCUGGCUCUUUGGCUCCUUUUCCCGGUGGGUUGUGAGCUUUCCUUGGACCCCCUCCUCAGGUUGCUGACACACAAUUGUGGCAGUUGUCCUCAGCCAGGCUGUGCAUCACUUAUGUUCUCUGCUCAGACAUGCCAAGCAGCGCCAGCCGGUCUCUCAUCACCAUCAUUGUCAGCAAUUUGGU